UUGUCGAUGUUGGGGUGUUGCAUUUGAAACGAAAUAUAAAAUUUUUUGUGUAUGAUUGCACGAUAUCUAGGAAAGUUCUAACGAAGAUUUUAUGGUCCAUCUCCAUCUCAACGAAAUCACUGCUCAAUUUUUUUGCGGUUCCUAAAGAAGAAUAUUUGAACUUAAAUAUCGAUCCUCAAAUCAAGCAGUGGACCUUCAAACCAUUAAAGGUAAGUAACGUUGACCUUUUAGCUGACGAAAAAUCAGUCAAAAAUGGAUUCCAGCGAUGCCGGAGUUUUGACGGAUUCAUCGGAUAGAGAUUCAGCUGGUGAGGAGGAGGAUGACCGCAGAGAGAACCUGGAAACAUCCCGAAAUGAGGCUACGAUUAAAACAGUGCCCGGAGAGAUCACCGAAAAAGAUCUGGAAGAAGAUUCGGUACCGAGUAACAGUAAUAAUAGAAUCGAUGAAAUAGAUAACUCGAUGACUGAUCAUGAACGAAAUGGAAUCGAAGAGGAACGAUUUCGCGAUGUAGCAGGUGAAGACGAAGUAGGUGAACUGGACGACGAUAUGAAUGCAGCGGCGGAUAUUAAAAAUACAGCAGUAGAAGAAGAUAAAGAGGAAAAGCAAACCAAUGGCGAAAACAAGGUUAUGGAACAGAAAGAAGCACAGGAGAGAUGUAAGGAAAGAGAGGCGGCAAAAGAAAAUAUAAUUGGCAAUAACGGCGAUGAGAAUGCUACUGGCCGUUCUACUACUGCCACUACCGACAUCAUCACUCCCGACUCGCCAGCUGCUAAUUUGAACACGACUGAUGAGUUAGAGGAGGAAACCGUUCAACCCAGCACGUCGAUGCCACCACCGCCCCCCAAAAGCCGGGAACAACUUGAACAGGAGGAGCGGGAAAAGAUGCGUGUUCUUGUCUCAUCCUUCUCCGAAGACCAACUUAAUCGAUACGAGAUGUACAGAAGGGCAGCAUUUCCGAAGGCUGCUAUCAAGCGGCUUGUUCAGUCUAUAUCAGGUUGCUCGGUGUCUCAGAAUGUCGUCAUUGCAAUAUCGGGAAUUGCGAAAGUUUUCGUGGGUGAAAUUGUCGAGAAGGCACUUGAUUGUAUGGAACAAACUGAAGAAGGAGAGAACCCUGGUCCCAUUGAACCACGUCAUAUUCGGGAAGCCGUCAGGAAACUUCGGGACGCUCAAAACAUGCCAAAAAGACACCGACGACACCCUUACUUUCGUAGAUGAUAGCUGUAUAUAUAUAUAUAUAUAGUUAUAAUGUACAGUUGGUACAUUACAUGUGUAGGCGAGAUGAUUUAUGUUAAUGAUUUCUGUAUCAUAAUGUACGUAAAAUUACUAAAUAUUUUGGUAAGAUACUAUAGUACAACACACGACAAUGUGUAUAAUAUUUGUAUACAUAUAUAUCUUUUGUAUAUUCCUUGAUUAUGAAAACUGUAGAAAAUCCUAUUUCAUUAAGCGCAUGUACGGAAGGUUCUCGUUAGUCUUUGAUAUAACCAGUAACCGCAAUGAUGGGAUAGGUCAUCUUGAGAAUAAUUCAUUUUUUGCUUUCAGAACUACUGGCCGCAGGUUGCGUGUGGAUUAUGCCUUGUAUGCGGCUUAAGAGUUGCCAUAACUUGAAUGAUUUAUUUAUAUAACUACUUGAAAUAUAACUUGCGUAGCCACUGAAGGAUAUGUAAAUACAGGGAAAUAAAUUUAUCACCAUAUUUGAAAUAUCCUAAGAAAUUUAUUCAUAGUGAUUAGUUCAUAUGAGGGCUGAAUUGCCUCAACUGGCCGUUGUAUGAACCCAGCCAAAUAAAACUUUAGGAAAAAGGGGCUUCUAGUGCGGAUGAUCUUUGUGUUAGAUACGAUGGAAAAUGUUCUGUAGAGUUUUUAUGACAUCAUACACAUUAUUUUAGUAAAGUAGGGAAAUUAAAGCAGGAAAACAAUCAUUAUUAAUAACAUAGGCAGUGUAGAUGGCCAAUUACUCGACGCCUAGGUAAACUACGAACAUCAAAGCGAGUAUUAGACAAGAAUAGAAUUAAAACAUUUUUAUUUUCGACGGUGAAAAGUUGAAACAAAUCGGUAUCAUGAAAACGAAGAAAUCUUUCUUGAUUAGCUGAAAGGUAACCUCUCCGCUUCACGAAAUUUACUUGUUAUUGAUGAUAUUGUGCCACGAACCUAAUGUGGCUGAAAAUUGAAUAAACUAAUUUGAA